AUGGAGGCCCUGGAGAUCCAGGCCCGUCCGCCCGCCGAGCCGCAGCAGUUCUCGGAGGUGCACCUGAAGAGCGUCCCGUGGAAGGGCUGUGCAGGCGUGGCCCUUGUCUGCCUGUUCCUGCAGUUCCUCUACAACGUCCGAGCGGCGUCGUUCAUGGCGCAGGCCUCCGAAGAGAUGGGCCACAUGGUUGAGCUCCUGUACGGUGUCCGCUCUGCGCUCGGACAGCCUCCGCCGCCCGACCCCUCGGACGACGAGGACGACUCUUCGGGCGGCGACGAGGGGUGCGCGGGCUUCUACUCGAAGGGCGUCAGGCUGGUCGGCUUUGAAAGCUAUUGCGUCGGCUAUCGGACGGACUUCAUGACGUUGUGGACGAACCCUGGCAAGGAUUCCGAGGUGUACAUGGAGUUCCCGCUUGGCAUGGAGUUUCCGCUCCGGGUAGGGGUAGCGGCGUUGAGCAUGAACGGCCCCAUGGCCCACUUCGACGCAGCCGCCCGCGAUGGCGACUACUUCCUGGAGUUCACUCUGCUGAACCGCAGUCAGGGCGAAGAUCUCUCGGGGAAGUCCAUGAUCGAGAUUCACGAGGUGGAUCUCAGCCAGCGCACUCAUCAGGCGGACCUCAGCCAGCGCCAAGCGGAGGACGACUACGACGCACUCUUCGAGGCGCACGGGGUUCGGACGCUGUUGGCUAGACUGCCCGUGCUCGCAGUCCGCAGGUCGGACCGUUCCACGUGCGCGGUCGACGCGGUCUUGGUGGACGGCUCCCCGCUCUUAGGCGUGGGCUUGUUCGCCAUUGACCCCCUGGUCCUGCUGGACGCCCAGUGGAGCAUCGAGCUGAGCACCGUGAAGUCCUUCCGCGGCAACCUCGACUUCAGCGUGGCGUUCGACAGCGACCUCGUGCGCUUCUGCCUCUACAGGCUUCCUGAGCCAGUAAUGCCCCCCCGGAUGGCCGACGACAGGGUAGGCUACUUCAGCACCGACUUCGAGCUGCUCGGGGACUACCGCGCCGACGCCAGCACAGACUCUCGGGCGUUCAAGAUCGAGGAAAAAUAA